UUUGUCCUGAAACUAAAUCACAGUACAUGAAAAUAUUUAAUUGUAACUGGUCGUUUUGGAACGUAGUGACCGGCUCAGAAGCCACUGAAAAUUUGAAUUAUCCCGUGUUUCACGCCUCCAUUGUGGUAUCCUAGCAAUGACAUAAACUUACCCAGAAGUACGCAGCACGGAAUCAUUCUCUGACAACUUGGAAUUCGUUACCCCACCUUUUUUUUUUUUUAGGUCAAAUCCUGCAGCGAUGUCUGGAGAGGUGACUGGGACGUGGUUUCCCAGCGGGUUUUAUGGACAUUACCUAAGUAAAAAACGGAAUGACUUUAUACAGGAGUACAGGCUAGAGGCAAGACCUUUUCCUCCAGAGAGACUGGUACAGAGAUCCAAGGAGAACCCAAGGAAGCACGUCUUUUCCAAGCAUGAUAACCGGCAACUCUUUCUGAGCGAUGCCACCUAUUUUGAAAAUGGUCUGGGAAGGUUUAAAGUGAAGUCUGCAAUAUCACAGGCAGCCAGAUUUAAGCCUGAUUUCAUCACCUGGGCCCCUCAAAAGGAUGAGAUAGCCAGAUCAGGCCCCGGACUCAGCACCUACCAGACAUCAUUUACCCAAAACCAACCCCCUCAGGCCCCCAACAAGCUCAUAGUGCCCCGCAUCACCAUGCCAGAGCUCCCCGCGAUGUACGUCACCAGCUACAACCACACCUACAGACACAGCCAGCCCAAUCCCAGUGUUAACACAGACAUUCUGACUGGCAAGGUGGUUACCUGGCCACUUGCCAAGGAGGCUACAUUUGCUUACACGCAGCCACAUAGAUGCUUAAAUAAGAAACAAACUUCAUCUGUGCCCCUUACUGUUUCAGACUGCCUUUUGUGGCAGACUGGAUAGUCGAAAUGAUAUAAUUGAUACAAAAUACAAUGUGUUUUAUUUACCAUGGUUAUCCCAUGGGCCUUCAGACUUUUAUACUCCACGCAAUGUAUAA